GAUGGGCACGAGCACAGCGGAUCUCAAAAGGCGUUAUUAAAGGGAAACAGUACCACGAUUGUAGAAUUUCUAACUCCCAUGUAGUCUAAGUAUUACGCAAGAUCUAACAAGAACGUGCGAUCUAAAUGUGUUGUAAUAAUGGCUGUUUUCCCCCCUCCAUCUACCGGAACGCUGAACGUGCAUGACAGCAGCAACCUAAAUCGCCACUCGCUCGCCUCGGAAGAACCUGCAACCUUUGGCUUCUCCAUCGUCGACUAAAUGAGAGAAGAUUUUUGCAGGAUUUUUGCGGCUGUUGCUGCUGCUGUGAGCGCGUGAACCUCAGCACUAUGUGGCGUGUGAGUGAAGAACGCGAGCACCUCCGGACGCUGCGAACGGCACGCCACACCUGACUGUACCGCUCGAGCUGCGCAGUGACAUGAAAACUCGAACUAGAAAGAAACGGGUUAAGGGGCGCAGAGCUGAAGACGGACCCGGUGAUGUACCCCGAACAAACCGCCCUCUUUUACCGCUGCGAGUGCCAGUCAGAGCGGGAUUGUGUCGCUGAUAGCUGAGAAACAAGCGGACUUAAGUAUUUAAAUCACAGCUUUGCGUCCGCAAAAAGGACUGUGCACUAGUGUUUUCUUGUUUACUUUUAAUCGCCUGCGGUUUUAAAGAAAAAGUAAUUUUAUGGAUCACUUGCACAUUUAAACGGAAGGUAUCAUUUUUCAUCUCAACAAACAUGAGAUGAUAAUGGGAUGAUUUUGAGCAAAUUAGAGCAACGCUGAAGGUUCUUUUUGUUGUUUUCUUUUCUUCCGUCGCGUUCGCGCUCAGCGCACGCUCACUUGUUGGUGCCCCUGAAGCGGACGCUCUACGUCAUGGGCUGCAUCCAGAGCAUCGCCUGCAAGUCCCGCAUUAAACGCGAUAACAUCGUUGUUUACGACGUGUCCGCCACUAUUGACCAAUGCCCAACACUGAUCGAGGAAAAUUCGCCCAUCGUGCUCCGUUACAAGACGCCGUAUUUUAAGGCCUCAGCGCGUGUAGUCAUGCCGCCGAUUGCUCGAAACGAGACGUGGGUCGUGGGCUGGAUACAAGCGUGCACACAGAUGGAAUUCUACAACACUUACGGAGACAUCGGAAUGUCAAGCUGGGAGCUCCCAGAACUGAGGGAUGGUGUGAUGAAGGCCAUCAGCGACUCGGACGGCCUCAGCUAUCCGUGGUACGGCAACACCACAGAAACGGUGGCACUGGCAGGUCCAACGGGCAAGCCGUCACGCUUUACAGUCAGCAUGAAUGACAACUUCUACCCGAGUGUGACAUGGGCAGUGCCUGUGGAUGAGAGCAACGUGCCCAUGCUCACUCACAUCGCGCGGGACCAGAGCUUCACCACCUGGCUGGUGGCACUGAACACCGCUACACAGGAGACCAUCCUGCUGCAGACCGUGAAGUGGAGGAUGAGGGUGGAGAUCGCCAUCGACCCCAACCAGCCUCUGGGUUCCAGGGCCAGGCUUGUCGGGCCACUGCACCAGGACCAGCCCAAGGUGCUGACCCGAAUGGAGCCUAUUCCCCCUAAUGCCCUUGGCAAACCCAACGCCAAUGAUGCCCAAGUUCUUAUGUGGAGGCCUCUGAGGGGGACGCCUCUGAUUGUGAUUCCCUCAAAAUAGCAGGGAGACAGAUACUGAGAGAGACAGAGAGAGUCCGUCCCGGUGUAUGUUUGACCGAAUCCUUUCAGGAACACAUCUGCACCAGCAUGACUGGAAUGUCACCAUCGCCAGGAGUUUGGUGAUUUAUCAAUGACAGCCAUGCACUUCAAACUGUGGUUGGCUCUUGCAUUCAUUCAAGAAUCACACUGUUGAUUCUAGAACUAAGAGCAAUGAGUUCUCAAAAAGGUUAAAAGGACCAUCUGCCUUAAUUCCACACUGCUGCCUUUAAGUCAAAUGGAAGGAUGGCAUGUACUAAUACGACAGACUUACUAAGACGUCCGCCUUAAACACAGCUCUGGUCCACCUUGAAUUCAGCUCUGGCAUGAAGUACCAGAGACAGAGGGGCUUACAAUGAUUUAGACAGCCACAUCAAUACAGGAAGGAACAAGAUGUGAACAAUAAUCAAAACUUUGGCUUCAACUGUAGCUGCAACUCCAGUGCUCUCGAAAACAAAUCACAAUAUUGUGGUUUGCAGAAAUCAGUCAUAUGUUUUUGACUUCUCCUGGGAAUGGAUGGCAAGUCAGAGUCCAAUGUGAGGGGUUCUGUGUACCCAGGACACAGUCAUGCAUCUGUGUGUAUGGGGACAUUGAUGAAACCUGGUCUUUUUUUGUGCUUUGGAAAACAGCAACAGAAGCAGGUAGGACAGAGUUAUGAGGGAAUCCAUUAGAAUUCCUAGAAUUCCAGUCCAUUCUAAUUCCUCAGAUUUUGAUAUUGGGCACUUAAGGGAAGAGUAUGGUGACGUGUAGGUUUAAAUUACAAAGGAAUUAAAGCAAACAAGUCGAGAACAUGACGGUAUUAAGCAACAUUAUGGCAGAACACACGACUGGUAAAAACACUAACAUCAAAAGAGCAGCAUUGAAGUUUAAAAAAAAAAAGCCUUUGAAUUUGUGGAAACAAUCAAAUUCACAGCUCUGAAAUAUUAAUCAGCAUCACAAGCAUUACGUCUCAACACAGCCAGCUCCUGGCCACUAGGGAGCACUUCACAAGUUUCUCUGAUACAGUUACAAGAAAGUGAACAGCUUAGAUCUGGUCAUUAUCCAAGUCACAAUUACAUCCAAACUAAUAACACACCAGCAGUUGUAUUGUUCAUGACUUAUAUUGAGCACAUUAAGCAAAACACCCACAGUGCAGGCUAGAACAAGUAAACUUGUGUUAAUGACUUCUCCAAGGGUUAAUUGGCAAAUGGUUUUAAUUAAGGAGAUGAGAUUGGAAGUGAAGGUUUCACAGGUGCUUUACCCAUUAAAGAAAGUCACAGAAAGCUUUGUUAAUGACAAAUCUGUGCUCAAGAAAGACUGGUUAAGGUGAAACCUGCCUGUAUGCAAACAAAGAUGCAUGAAGGAGGAAAGGCUACAAAAGUGUUGCUAAAGACCUACAGAAGACUACAGACUCCAAAGACCUCUGUUCACGUGUCCACUAUUAGAAAAACACCGACCAAGAAUGGUGUUUAUGGAAGUACACCAUAAACUAUGUUUGGAGGAGGGAGAAAUAAAUAAGUAAAUAAUAUAAAUAAAUAAUAUAUAAAUUUACAAAAACCACACCCAUAAACCAAAACCUUAUCCCAGCUGUGAAGCAUGGUGGAGGGACCUGUAAAGAGCAGUACACGCACGGUAUCCAGGAAAUACGGCUGAACUGGAACAAACCUGCAGGGAGGAACGGUCUGACAUUUCUCCUCAACAUUAUACAAACCUCUUUUGCAGGAAAUAUUUGGUGGAUGUGAUGGCUGCGUUGCGGUGGUGUGGGGGUG